GAAAAAAUAAUAUUAGCACUUUCAUAUCAUAGAAUUUAGAAUAGCCUCACCAACUCGAAGAAUUCAAACAGUGACCUGUUUACACGUUUCUCUCAUUGUGCCUUCAUUCAAAGCGAGUAUUUACUAAAUAUCAUUUACAAUACAUCAAGAUAAUCUCUUUAGUCUUCGGAAAGACGCGACGCGAUGUACUGUGUCAAUAGUUUGUUGUUGUUCUUGAUUUUAUCGCCUACAUUAAUGGAAGCAUGGAGAUCGUCAAUAGAAGAUAAAGAAAACACACGAGUGAUAAGAAAAGGCGUGCACUACCAUUCGAAACGGCACAUGUUGCCGCCCCAACAAGAGCCUAAACGACGUAUGAGCACUCAGAAACCAAGGGAAAUAAGGAAAAAGGUGCAAAACAAAAAAGCAAGCCUUCCCCAGCCAUCUGGGCAUCUCGCCCCUCUAGAAGAUGAUGAGAUGGACAACGAUGAAGUAGUUUCAGUAGCGAUCGGCCCGCCUCCAAUACGUCCCAAAUACGAGAAAACCAACUGGAAACACCAACCUAGACUCGUUAAAAAUGUUUCAAACGUUACCAUAAUCAAUUUCGUGAAGGAUCUUCUCACACAAUUGGGGCAUGACAUGCUAUCGAGGCAGGUUAAUGAAGAUUUCGUGUUUGGCCAGUAUGUGGGUAAUGCUAUGAAGAAUUUGACAAGUGAUUUGAGGUUGAACAUGCAACACGAGGUCUUGAAUCUGAUAGUAAAGUACCAGAAGCUGAACCGUGGGGAUCCUGUGGCAAAGGCAGAUGAUAAAACGACGACACCAGCACCAAAGGAUGUGAAAAUUGAAAAGAAAGCCGCACCUAAUGAUACGGAUGAGGGAUGGCCUGAUUUUACUAACUUGGCUAAGAUUGUAGGUUAGAUAGUUUUAUAAUACUAACGUUGUACAAUAAUUUUCAUGAACGUCAAAAUGUCGAUUAUAUAGGAAUUAGCUAUAUAAUUAAGAUAGUAUUAAAGUUAAGACGUCUUUAAAUAAAUAAGAUGCUUACUAUUUUUUUAUUUUAAUGGUGUUACAUCAAAUUAUCUUGUAUAACAACAAAAUAGAUUAAAUUCCAUAAACUUCUAAGUAAAUUAUGUUUCU